GGAAAUGGGGCCAGGGAAAAGACAUCGCAAUGGAUAACAAAUGUCACUUCAAUGAAAUUUACAACUAAGUUUCGUCUAUUUCACAUGAUUUUUACUCGGAUUUAUCACAUUUUUAUACGAAGAUGGCAACCGCACCGAGCGCUGAGAUAUCUAGACGAAAUCCCCAGGACGAUUUUGACUUGAUCCAGAGGAUAGGAAGCGGCACGUAUGGCGACGUCUACAAGGCUCGUAUGAGAUCGACAGGGGAGCUGGCUGCUAUCAAAGUCAUCAAGAUUGAACCAGGUGAUGAUUUCUCAAUUAUUCAGCAAGAGAUUCUAAUGAUGAGGGAAUGCAAGCACCCCAAUAUUGUCGCAUAUUUUGGCAGUUACCUGCGAAGAGAGAAGCUCUGGAUCGCCAUGGAGUACUGCGGAGGUGGGUCUCUGCAGGACAUCUAUCACAUUACUGGUCCUUUGACGGAAUUACAGAUUGCGUAUGUAUGCAAGGAAACUCUGACAGGGCUGGAUUACAUGCAUAAUGUUGGGAAGAUGCACAGAGACAUCAAGGGCGCCAAUAUUUUACUUACAGAAGAGGGCGACAUUAAAUUGGCUGAUUUUGGCGUUUCAGCACAGAUCACGCAGACUAUGUGUAAAAGGAAAUCGUUUAUCGGUACGCCAUACUGGAUGGCACCGGAAGUAGCGGCAGUUGAGAGGAAAGGAGGGUACAACUAUCAGUGUGACGUGUGGGCUGUGGGAAUCACAGCUAUUGAAUUAGCUGAGCUUCAGCCACCUAUGUUUGAUUUACACCCGAUGAGGGCGCUCUUCUUAAUGUCCAAAAGUGGAUUUGUCCCCCCUAAACUCCGGGACAAGGAGAAAUGGUCGCCAGUCUUCCACAAUUUUAUCAAAAUGGCAUUGACGAAAAAUCCCAAAAGGAGGCCAACCGCUGAUAAAAUGUUACAGCAUCAGUUCUUUACAGUAUCCCCGGAAAGGUUGACGAGGAGGCGAGCGUUAGAACUGUUGGACAAAGUCAACAAUCCCACUAACAGUGUAUUCACUGUGGUUGAUGACGACGACGACCCGGCAGAGCCUUCAAAUGACGUACCUCAUCGCAUUUCUUCCAAAAAGACUGGGAAAGACAAACAGAGGCCUCAGUCAGAAAUAGACAUGGAGAGCUUGGCGCUUGAGUUGCCGCCAGUGAGAGAAACGCAGAUUGAGAGAGAUGAACCGACAGUGUAUCAGCCUUGGCAACCAAUUGAACAAGAACCUAUCAUAAGUAAAAGAAAGAGUCUCUUAGCAUCAGUUGAAGAGGAAUUACAAAAACGGUAUGCAGUGCAUACUUUUGCUAUGGUAAAGUUCCAGAUGCCGGAUGACGUGGAGGAAGCACGAGACUCUCCAGAACGAAAGAGGCGGUCGAGAGGGACAAGCACUAAUGGAGAUGCACCUCCACCAGGCACCACAAAUGGUGACGUUGUGGACGAAGCCAUGGCAGCUGCAGAAGACAAACCUCCCCAGGUACCGCCGAGAAAACCCAAAAAUGAGUUUGUGAAAAAAGAACCUGGUGAAUCCAGUAACGGUCUUCCACCAACUCCCAAAGUUCACAUGGGAGCUUGUUUUUCUAAAGUUUUUAAUGGUUGUCCAUUAACAAUAAACUGUGCCUCCAGCUGGGUGCAUCCAGAGACGAGAGCACAAUAUUUAUUAUUUGGUUGUGAGGAAGGCAUUUAUGCGCUUGAUAUGACGUUACUGCACGAUUCUGCUAUGGAUCAGAUUUUUCCAAGGAGGUGUACAUGGUUGUAUGUAAUAAACAAUACAAUGAUGUCUCUUUCGGACAACAUUAUGAUGAUGUUGGAUAAGAACGUGAAAUUUCAUAUCCCAGCUCCAAUCAGUCACAAUCUUCAUAAGAUUCCAGAUAAAUUCAUACCCAGAAAGUUUUCCGUCUCGGUCAAAGUGCCGGAAACGAAAGGCUGUUCAAAGUGCUGUAUCGCACGAAAUCCGUACAAUGGUCACAAGUAUUUAUGUGGGGCGCUGCCGCAUGGAGUGGUGCUACUACAAUGGUAUAAACCAUUAAACAAGUUUAUGCUUAUAAAGGUUAUAGAAUGUAUGAUGCCACCAGUGUUAGAACUGUUUUCUUUAAUUAUUAAUACUGAAAUGGACUACCCAUUGGUAUGUACAGGCGUGGCGAAAGGGGUGGAAAGAAAUAAUUUACAAUUAGAUAUAAUAAAUUUGAAUUCAACUUCGAAUUGGUUUGCAUCACAUCCAUCACCAGACCGACUUCUGCAAGCAGUUUGCGUGGCGCAGCUAGAAAGAGACACAGUUCUUGUCUGCUAUGACAGAGAAGUAAAAGUGGUCAAUUUGUCAGGAAGGCUGAAGCCGAGUCGGAAACAGGCAGCGGAAUUACACUUUGAUUUUGCUGUAGAAUCUGUGGUUGUGUUACAAGACAGCGUACUCGCCUUUCAUAAACAUGGAAUGCAGGGGAGGAACUUUAAAGCCAAUGAGGUGACGCAAGAAAUUUGUGACAAAUCACGAAUGUUCAAGCUCUUAGGAUCGGACAAAGUUAUCAUAUUGGAGAGUCGGCCCACAGACGAUCCCACGGCACAGUCUAAUCUCUACAUUCUCGCUGGACAUGAGAACACCUACUGAAGUGGGCGGUGGCCACAGCAGUGGUGGUGGCAGCGGCAGCCCUGCUUUGCCAUAUAUGGACAAUAGUUGGCUUUGAUAUUACUUGGAAUGCAGGGGUUCUACAAAGUAUCUACAAAUGUGUGUAACCAAUGACAUCAUCCCCCCUCCCCCCACGGAGUAUCAGACACUUGUAUUGCUGCUCCUCUUCAAUAGCCAUAUCAUGGAACUUUGAGCAAGAAGAAUUUCGUGUUUAAUAAACAAAUAAAAAUAACAUAAACAAGUGAAUUUGCUCAUUUUCAUGUCAAAUAAAUAAUUGAAAAAAAUGAAAUAUUAUCAUGCAGUUCAUUGCAAACUGUUAUCCAGGUUAGCAGAUUAUUUUCUAAUGUUACUGUGGUCCUUUUGUCACUACUUGUAUCGCGAUGUGGUUCGCUUUCCAUCUAUAUUCCUAAUUUAAGACGACUCCAUAUUAUGCAAAAUAUUAAAUGCCUUUUUUCAUUGAAUAGUGCAAUAAUGGAGGUGUUUUUUUCUCUUUUUUUUUUGUGCCUGCAAUUUUUUUGUUUUUUCAAGAAAAUGUUUCUAUCUGUGUGGUUGCAUUUGUUUGGGAGUGUUAUGAAGCCUGCCUUACACAUGUUAAUAUAGGUAGUGUCUAUUGCAGGCUAAGGACCAACUGAACUGUCGCACACUCGUUAAGUGUAGCAGUAUCGAGAAGUUUGCGCACGGAUCACUUUUUGAUCACAUAACCAAGGUGGCCUUUGUGACUGGAUUAUUAUUAUUAUUAUUAUUAUUAUUAUUUUUUUUUUUUUCAAACAUAUAUUUCAUUAUUUUCUUUCUUUGGGAAAAAUACAAAAAGCAAAACUUUGGUUUACAGUGUUAUCCUCCUAGAGUAGCUUAUAGUAAAAGUCUGCUUCUAAUUGGUGAUACUGGAAAACGUAAUAUAUUGUGUACAAAUCGCUGUUUUUAGGAGAUUUCUCUUAACGUACAGUAAUGAGGUAUUUUUCAUCUUCAGUGCAAAAUUUAAAAAAUAAUUUAAGACAACAAAAAUUUAUGUAAUAUGUUAGUGUGUACCGGUAUUUUCUGAGAUAUUACUUAAUUAUCCAUGUUACAAACAUAGAAUAACAGCGAUAUGUUCAUAUUUGUUUCAUCACAAUCGUGAUCGAUUUUAAAGGUUGAAGGUUUUCUUCUCGCGUCUUUGAUUUGGGUCUCAUACAAUGUAGAAUACGCGAACUGUGACGACCACUGACCUUCAAUGUAAAACUUGGCGACAUGCAAAAAAAAUAGAUAAUUAUACAGAAUAAAUGAUUUGUCCAUUUAUUUUCAACCCCUCCCCGCCCCUUUCAGUCACAAAUGAUAUUUAUUAUUUCAGAUAUCUUUAUUUAGUUUACACAAGUGCCUAAGUAGCUAAUAAUGCGCGAGAAUUCUUGUCUGCGAAUGUUUGCUGCCCUCUAGUGAUAGGAUGUGUUUAUUUUUCUGUCUACAGAGGGCGCUCCAUUCGCUUCACGGUGUUCUUUUUUUAUUUCGUUUUUUGUACAGCUGCUUAGCUUCUUAGUGUAGCUUUUUCAGGAGUAUUAUUUUUUUUUUAUUCAAUUUGUUGGUACUUAUUACAAUUCUAAAUCUGGUCUUGGCAUAACACGUUGGAAUAUGGGGCCAUUUCUUUUUGUUUAGCAUGAAAAUUAUCACGAGUAACAUCACAUAUGUACAUCUCUUCAUAGGCUAUAAGCCAUUACGCAGAUCCAUAGUAUUAUUAAUGAGCUGGCUUGCAUAUUUAAUUGGUUACGGCAGAUUUCUGCAACACCUCAUUUGAAUGCACAUUCUGUGUAAACCAAAGAAAACCAGCUAACAUAUUAAUUAAUAACAACAUGUACCAUCUGUAUUCAAAUACAAUAAUGGCGCUGAUUUUGGGUACGUACCCAAAAGUGUUAUAUUUGCAGCGCUUCUUGUGACUAACUGUGAUCAGAAUCUGAUUUUGUUUUGUGUGCAUAUUAAUAAACUAGCUUGCAUAUUA